GCGUCGUCUACGUGGCAUAUAACCUAUUCUGCGGGGCUUGUUGGCCCAGUCGCAAGCGUGCUCUACUUAUUGGCAUACAGUACAAUGGCAAGAAAAGCAGCAGACUCAGAGGAACGCAUAGCGACGUCGACUACGUGCACCGUCUGCUUGUUGAGAGCUAUGGCUUUUUACCUGGCAACAUAACUCUGAUGAAGGAUGCGGCCGAUAUAGAACCACAUUUGUGGCCGACUGAGCAGAAUAUCCAUCGAGAGGCUCAAAGGCUCACUCAAGAUUGCUCGCCUCACGACCGAUUCUUCUUUCUCUAUGCUGGACAUGCCGGGCGCGAGAGCGUGAUUGACAAAAACACCGAGGGUGAUGAGCAACAAACAUAUAUUGUACCGUGCAGUGCAUCGGAUCAAGAUGAGACGGGCUGCAUCUCGAACACCGACCUGCACUCGUUUCUGGUAAAGCCUUUAAAGUCACAAUGUCGAUUAGUGGCCUUCCUUGACGCGUGCCACUCCGCUACGUUGCUCGUACCCCGUGAUGCUUGUAGCCUCGGCAUACAUGACAGAGGCGGCGAAGCGACGCCAUCACGGCCACGUCAGCACUCGGAUGCUUGCUUGAACCAAUGUCCUAUGCCAUAUGCAACUCGCGAGCCCGCGACAAAGUCGUUCAACAGAUCUGUAACCGAUCUGCGACUUCAGCCCUACUUUGACGACGGGGCAGACGGCGCUGGCGACUGUCGUGCUCAUCCAAUAAUAUCUGCCGUGAACGAGGGCUUCGCACGUCCAUGGAAUUGGUGUCAAGAGUUCUGCAGACGCCUCCAUAAGUCAUGCGAUCCCCACAUUCUAUGCAUCAGUGCAUGCAAGGACGACGAGUCCACGUUAGAGAUGCGCAACCUCUCGAUGACCAAGAUCUUGGUGCGCGCGCUAGAGCGCAAUCCGAACCCAUCACUGGCGUCACUCGUAACAACGGUCCAGCAAGCACUCAUUGAGGCAUACGAAAGUCGAAAGCGCGCGUAUACGGCCAAGCGAAUGCGGAAGAACCGUAGACACGGCAGUCGCGAUGAUUCCACCUGGCGUUCAGUUCCCGGAGAAUGCCGUUUUCCGCCUCACACACAGGUUGACGGUAGUCCCGAGCUGCAUACUAUACUCUGGCCUCCGCUGGGUGAGAUACAGAUGACAUCGAAUCAAGCGAUGCGUGGCGAUACCGAGCGCUUCGUCUUCUAAUAUUUUGUUGCGGUAUAUGGUACCGAAGGGUUUGGAAACAAUGAGGUCCAUGUAACAAUGUAACGAGUACGACGGAUCUAAUGCAAUAAUGCAACGGAAGGAGGGCAUGUGUAGUUACAGGGAUUGUAUGUGUAUUUGUAACAACAACGAACGAACGUCUAUACAAACACUAGCGAAGGUCGAUACAC